GGUACACGCUCCCUGCUCUCUCUGUGUGACGUCAACGGGAUGGGCAGGUCACGUGGUCGCCUCCGAAGGGAAACCUGUGGUUUCACGUUACUGAAACGGGAGGAAGACGAAGAAGAAGAGAAGGAGGAAGGCAAGCAAACAAGAGCCUUUUUGUCAGCGGCUGAGCUGUUUCUGUUCCACACGAGUGUGAGUCGGGACACUCUCAAUGGAGCAACAGUAGGAAGACACCAGGAGCUGUUGUGUUAACCAUCCGGAGAUUUCUGAGGAAGAAAAACGUCGCUGUUGUGCUUUUUCGACCAGUGAUUCCUCGGCACACUGUACGUUCAUACCAGGUUUGCAUUCUGAGCUGCAAGCCAAUGUAAGUCGUGUUGAGUGACUGCGUGUGAAAGAGGGCCCAUCACCAUCCUCAUGUCCAAUGGAGGAGGCUUUUACGGACGCACUGAGCGCGUCCGCCAGUCGCCGUACUAUGACGAGGUACCACAAGGAACCUUAUCUCGAUCCGGCUCCUGCGACCUGCUGCCGGUAAGGGAGCAGAGAGCGGCUCGCCUCGCUCAGAGCGCCGACCCCCUCCCUCCCCCGCCUCUGCCAGCACAGCCUCCUGUGGGCCUCAAGGAAGAUCCCCCCGAGAGCGAGCACGCCACCGACCCAGACCACGAUCCAGACCACGACCCCGCCCUCGACAUUAAACCUGUUCACCGCUUCAUCCCAGACUCCUGGAAGAGCUUCUUCAGAGGAAGUGACCGCAGCAGUAAAAAGCCGUGGUCCAUGUCUGGAUCCUCAUCUAACAAGAACAACAACACCAGUGAGGGGGUGCGCUGCUCUCCUCCACACUCCCCCUCUGUCCCCGGAUCAUACCGCGACCCUUAUGGCGGCUCAGGCGGCAGCUGCAACUCGCACAAGGAGCUUUUGGAACCACACGACGAGUCCGUGUCAGGGCGCACCUACCACACAGCUCUGACCUACAGCGAGCGAGUGGAAGAGUACAACCAGCGCUACGCCUACAUGAAGUCCUGGGCCGGGCUGCUGAGGAUUCUGGGCUGUGUGGAGCUCCUGCUGGGAGCAGCUGUGUUCGCCUGCGUCUGCGCUUACAUCCACAAAGACAACGAGUGGUUCAACAUGUUUGGAUACUCGUCUCCUGGCGCAGCAUUUGGAGCUGGUGCAUAUGGUGACUCCUACUACUCGGGCCCCAAGACCCCGUUUGUGUUGGUGGUGGUGGCGCUGGCCUGGUUGGUGACUGUGAUCAUGUUAGUGCUGGGGAUGACAAUGUACUACCGCACCAUCCUGCUGGACUCCAACUGGUGGCCUCUGACCGAGUUUACCAUAAACCUGGCGCUGGCAGUGCUGUACAUGGCAGCAGGCAUCGUCUAUGUCCGAGACACAACCCGUGGAGGGCUCUGCUACUACCCAAUCUUCAACAAUGGCAUCAACGGGGCGUUCUGCAGAACAGACGCAGGCCAGACUGCUGCCAUUAUCUUCCUGUUUGUCAACCUGCUUGUGUAUCUGAUCGGAGCUUUAGUCUGUCUCAAGCUGUGGAGACAUGAAGCUGCACGCAAAUACCGGGAGAGGUACGCCCAGGAGAUGCAGCCUUCCGAUAUAAGAGCUGCGCAAUCACUGAUGGUUCCAGUUUCAGCUCCAGAACAGGACCAAGGCUCCUCAGUCAUUCCCAUCCAGGCUGCUCCAAAAGCAAUUCCACCAAAGAUUUUGCAGGGAACUAUACCAUCAGGGCACAUCCCAAAACCUGUUGUUGUGCCUGACUAUAUUGCUAAGUACCCAACGAUCCGGUCAGAUGAGGAGCGGGACCAGUACCGAGCCGUGUUCAACGACCAGUACGCAGAAUACAAAGAGCUCCACGCAGAUGUGCAGAUUACUCUCAAGAAGUUUGACGAGAUGGAUGCCAUGAUGCGCAGUUUGCCCCAGAACCCUACCAGCCAGAUGGAGGUUGAGCGCAUUAACAGAAUUCUUCAGGAAUACCAGAGGAAGAAAAACGACCCUAGUUUCCUCGAGAAGAAGGAGCGCUGCGAGUACCUGAAGAACAAACUGUCGCACAUCAAACAGAAGAUCCAAGAAUAUAAUAAAGUCAUGGAGUGGAACGACGGAUACAAUUGGCUCCGCAGGAGGGGAGGAGUCAGAGAGAAACUGACGGUUGUCCGACUUAUCCCGUGGUUCACAGUUCAUUUCACCAAACAGCACCCAGUGGAUCCAGCAGUAAUGUCCUCCGAACCCAAAGGGAGUCCACCUCCCUAUGAGUCAGAUGUGGAAAAUAAAGCCCCCUCCCAACCGGCCUAUUCCUACUACCCAGAUGACGAGUUCCAGCAUUUCUACCGCUGGGCGUCUCCGCCAGGCAUCAUCAAAAUCAUGUGCGUCAUGAUCCUCAUCAUGUCCGUGGGUAUAUUUGCUUGCGUUGCCUCCACGCUGGCCUGGGACUCUCAGGGAGUCAUGGAUAGCUUUGCGGCUGGCUCUGGGGGAGUCAACGGAAUGGGAUACAACAGCUUUGGUGGCGGCUCCAUGUACGGAGCUGGAAACAACUACGGCUACGGGACACUCGGAGGGAACUACAACGACCCCGCUAAGGCCAAAGGGUUUAUCAUUGCCAUGGCAGCCAUCGCCUUCAUCUUUUCCCUGGCCAUCUUCAUCAUCGUCGUGUCUCACCAGAGCCUAUCAUACAGCAGGAAGUGUCGACUUCCGUCUGAGAGAUUAGCACAAGAGGCUUCUGUACUUUGUUAUAAAUCCCUAAAAACUUUUACCUGUCGAUACAACAAAGAAAGCAAAAAUCUGAAUCAGCUUUAUUGCCAGGUUCAUUUCACCAAGCAGCACCCAGUGGAUCCAGCAGUAAUGUCCUCCAGGCCCAAUGGGAGUCCACCUCCCUAUGAGUCAGAUGGGGAAUAUAAAGCCCCCUCCCAACCGGCCUAUUCCUACUACCCAGACGACGAGUUCCAGCAUUUCUACCGCUGGGCGUCUCCGCCAGGCAUCAUCAAAAUCAUGUGCGUCAUGAUCCUCAUCAUGUCCGUGGGUAUAUUUGCUUGCGUUGCCUCCACGCUGGCCUGGGACUCUCAGGGAGUCAUGGAUAGCUUUGGGGCUGGCUCUGGGGGAGUCAACGGAAUGGGAUACAACAGCUUUGGUGGCGGCUCCAUGUACGGAGCUGGAAACAACUACGGCUACGGGACACUCGGAGGGAACUACAACGACCCCGCUAAGGCCAAAGGGUUUAUCAUUGCCAUGGCAGCCAUCGCCUUCAUCUUUUCCCUGGCCAUCUUCAUCAUCGUCGUGUCUCACCAGAGCCUAUCAUACAGCAGGAAGUUCUACCUGGCCGUGGUGAUCAGCUGCGCCAUCCUAGCAUUCCUAAUGCUAAUUGCCGCCAUAGUAUACUUGAUGGCAGUGAACCCCAUGGCUCAGUCCUAUGGAUCGGUCUACGGUGCCCAAAUUACAGGUCUAUGUGCACAGUACCAACAACCACAGCUUUCAGGAGUGUUCAUCAAUCAGUAUCUUUACCACUACUGUGUCGUGGAGCCACAAGAGGCCAUCGCUGCAGUGUUGGCCUUCCUGGUCGUCGCCGCUCUAAUCAUCAUGCUCGUCUUCGCGCUAAAGACUCGCCAGAAAAUCCAGGAGUUCGGCAAGAGCAACAUUUUGUGGAGGAAAGUGAAGGCCUUCGAGGAGCCGGAGCCGGAGCCGCCUCAAGAUGUAGAAGCGUGGGUGAACAAUGUGUCCACGGCCCCUGACGCUCUCCCGAUGUCAGACUACCCUGAGAAGCUGAGGGGCUCCAGGAGUUACCUGGAUGACGAGAGCAACUAUGACAAACCUCCCUACAGCAUCACCCCACAGCCUUCAGUGGAAGAGAACCGGCCUUUGCAAAAUGGGACUCCCUACAGCCCAACCUCAGAUUUGUCCAGCUCGAGUGGCAAGCCCAAGAAGAGACGCGCAGCCCGGCCACGCCGCGCCAAUGGACAAGACUUCGAGACUGACUAUAACUCCUCUGGAGACGAGCUGGACGACGACGACUUUGACAGUGAAUUCCCUCCCAUAACAAAUGAGCAGGAGCGCACCAACUACAAGCGUGAAUUUGACCGCGAGCACCAGGAGUACAAGGACAUGCAGGCGGAGCUGGACGCCAUCAAUAAGAACCUGUCAGAUGUGGACAGAGAGCUGGAUGAACUGCAGGAGGGCAGCCCGGAGUACCUGGAUGCUUUGGAUGAGUACAACAGGAUAAAGGACAUGAAAAAGACUUCAGAUUAUCAGAUGAAGAAGCGCAGGUGUAAAUAUCUGAAGAACAAGCUGAACCACAUCAAGAAGAGGGUCAGCGACUAUGACCGCAAGGCCUGAACAACUCAAUGAGGAUAUUACGCCUGUCCAAAUACGUCUCAGAAAGGACUCAAUCUGGUUUGCCGCCGUUUUUUUUUGGGGCGGGGGGGGGUGACAGCUGGUAGCUUGUGAAACAUUGCAAAAGUUGUUUGUCCCUAUAGGCUGUCUUGUAUUAUGCCACUGUUUAUAUUAUGUUUGUCACCUGCCGUAAAUACUGUUAUGUGUAUAUAUUUUGCCUACUGUGAUCUGAAAUUGUCCAGCAGCCACUAGAUUGUAAAGUGAAUAUACAUUUAUACACAACCCCAUUUUGUUUUUAAAUAGCUCUUUUUACUGUCUUUAAUUCUAUAUCUAUCUAUAUCAUGUAAAUACAAUAUGUGGGGAAACAGAUGUUUUUAGCAGUUUGUGUAAGUAAGUUCACAUGUGUUUCUUUACUCAGGGUUGAACAAACGGACACUUUCAAAUGAUUAUGCGUGUUUAAUGCAUAGUGAUGUACCUUUUACAGUGACUUGUUAUACCUUUUUUUUAUUAUAAUAAAUUCCUUUUUAAUAGACAA